AUGGCAAAUAAAACUUUUGAUACAGUUAAAAUUCAAUUUGAAAAAUUUCUUUUUUCAAUUGGUAGUAUUUUAACAUGCGAAAAAGAAGUUAAUAUUAUACAAAAUAAACUUCGACGUCAUUUUAAUACAGCAGCAUCAGAUUAUUUAUGUUCAAAUGAAUUUCAAUCAUCACUUAAACAUAUUCAAAAUAUAUUUGUUGAACAGAAUACAUCAGCAAAAUAUUUUACUUUAUUAGCUUCAUUUGAUGAACAACUUAAAAAACAUUCAAUUAAGUUAUCCAAACCAAAUCUAUCAUCAAAUGAAGUUUCAACUAUUUCAUCUAUCACAACUACAACAGUCAAAUUCAAUUUAACAAAUGAGAAUACCGAACAAAUACUUCUAUCAAAAUCUACAGAAUCUACAAUUGAAUUUAUACCAACUAUAACAGUAAUACAGGAAGUAAUUGAAUAUCUUCUUGAUCAAUGUUGCAAUAUUGUAUCCGAAUUAAAUGUAUCAAAAUCUCCUCAUACUGAUAAAGUCAAAUUAGUAAAUACCGAUUCUAAUCAUGGAUUUAAACAUCAACGAAAAAUAAUAAAAUUAGAACGACGAUUAAGUCGUUUAUCAAGAGUAAUACGUGAAUUAGAAGAAAAAGAUAUGUCACUUGAUGAAAUGGUUCAUUGUGAUUUAUAUGUCGUAGAGUCAAAUUUAAAAAAACAAGCAUGUGAAAUGCAUAGUAAACUUGCUAAAUUAAAAAGUCAAUCAAUGUCAAUUGAAAGAAUUAUUCAUCAACCAAUUAUUCUCAAAGCAUCUGAAAUUGGUCAUCCAUUAGUGAAUGAAGAUCUACAAAAUAUGGUUAAUCAAUCCAAACAUUUUCCAUCAUUUAAUGAUGUUCUCGAAACAGUAGAAAAAGCAAAUGAGAAAUAUAAACUUAAUAUAAAUGAUGAAUCCCGAAAAAAAUUUGCUGAAAAAUCUUUUAAAAUAAUUGGUAAAGAAAUAAAAAAUCGACGAAUGGCUGAUUUUCAUGAUAUUAUGUAUAGUCGUCUUCCAGUAGAUUUUAAUAUUGAACAAAAUGAUCCAGCAUUGAAUAGUGUUGAAAUUGAAAAAGUUCUUUUAGAGAAUGAACGUGAAGCUAAUAUUAAAACAGAAAAAAUUUUUGAAGAAUUUUCUCAAAUUGAACCAGAUCCAGAAAAUGAAAUUAGUAUUGAAUUAACCGACGAAGAAGCAUCAGAAAAUGAAAGUGAUGAACAACCAGAAGUUGAAAUAGCUGUAGAUCUACAAGAAAUGAAAUCAGAUACCAUUGAGAUAAUUCAACCAGCUUCACCAGACUCGCCAAUUUCUAUUAUACCAGAAUCAAAUCCUAUUGAAUCAGCUGCUGAAAUAUCAUUAAAUGAUCGUACAUUUACAAUUUUAUCAACAGCUUCAUUGCCUAUGAGACGAUCAAGACAUGACAUUCAAUCAUCACCAUCAUCAUCGUCAGUUAUUUCAAAAGAAAGUGAAGUACAAACAUUAACACCACGUCGUAGACAAAACUUAACAGAUAAUGAAAUUAUUUAUCGAUUAUAUAAAGAUAGACUAACAAACAAUGGAUCAGAUGAUGUCGUUAGAAAGAGAGUAUUGACAAAGAAUACAGACUAUUCAAAUGUAAAAAAACAAAAACAGCAAGUUCCAGAAUUAAUUAUUUUGGAUUAA